GAUCCAGGGAGUGAGGCUCAGGGGGUGGACAUAAAAGCUGUGGUCUCCACCUGUCCUGAGCACUGAGGGACAGCGGUGAACAUGAGUAACAACAGGGCACAGCAGCAGCUGGGCCCCCUGGAUGAAGAGGAACUGAUAACCAGCGGCCCCAAAUGUUUCACAAAAAGCUUUGGAUGCCAACCAACUUCUACAUUCAACUGCUAUGGAGGGUGUCUGGGAAAUUACUCCAUCUCCCUGCUCCUACAGAUACUCGCCCUCACGUUAUUUGCUGGACUCCUGUUGGCCAUCCUUGCCCAAGUCUCCAGAGGCCCCAGCUUGCAGGAACUGGAGCAGGAGCAGUCAAAGCAGGAGAAGAUCUUCCAGGAACUUAACCAGCUGAAGACUAGAGUCGACCGUCUGUGCCGCCCCUGCCCCUGGGACUGGACCAUCUUCCAAGGAAGGUGCUACUUCUUCUCCAAGUCCCAACGGGACUGGCAUGAGUCCGUCACCGCCUGCCAGGAAGCAGGGGCUCAGCUCGUUAUUGUGGAGAGCGCUGAGGAGCAGAGCUUCCUGCAGCAGACUUCUAAGAGUAAAGGCCGCACCUGGAUGGGACUCUCAGACCUGAACAAGGAAUCCGAGUGGCGCUGGGUGGACGGCUCGCCUCUGUCGCUCAGCUUCAUGAAGUACUGGAACCCAGGCGAGCCCAACAGCUCGGGGGAGGAAGACUGUGCAGAGUUUUAUGGCGAUGGAUGGAACGACUCCAAAUGCCAUGUCCACAAAUUCUUCAUCUGUGAACGGUCUGCAGCUUCCUGUUCCACCUGACGGCCAAGCCCCUCUCACAGCCCCUGCAGCUCCAGCCCGCCCACCCCGUGCACAGAAUCACCCGCAUUUAGGCCAGCUCCUCCCCUUCAUCUGUUGGCACUACGUAUUUAACUUGGUGCUGGGUAUCUUCUACUGUCCAUGUCAUCUGUGCGACUUGGCCCCGGCUGCCCUCAGCGAUGUCCCCUGCAGUAGCGUCUUUCCUUCCUACCCUACCCACCCUCUUUUCUCUGCCCCUCCUCUGCUUGUGAAUCCCCUCCCAGAUAAACUACAACUAUCCAAACACUUGCCUGAGGCUCUGCUUCUUGGGAAAGCCUAAGCAAUUUAGAGUGUGUCGUUUUUUGUUUUUUUUUGGGGGGGGGUUG